AUGCGCGCGGCGGCGAUUCCAGCAACCGUAGUCGAAGCUGUUGGGAUGGGUGUGCGGCGGCGGCGACAGAUCCUUGUGCUCGGAAAUGGCGCAGCCGGCGCCGAGAAACAAGCUCUUGCGUUGGCGUCUAAGUUGCAGACAUUCCUUCCGUCACACGAGAAUGUAUCGGUAGCCAUGAGUCGUGCCACGUACUCAAGUCGCGUGCAUGCGAUGUUGCCACCGCUUCUGCAUCUCUUGUUGGCACGAUGUAGCUACGAUCCUUGGACCGGAUAUAGUUCGUAUACAUCUUCACCCCCCGACGUCGUGAUUGGGUGCGGACGGACGACUGUCGCGUUGUGCGCUGGGUACAAGCAGGCUUUUCCUGGUGUGUUCAACAUUCAAAUCCAACAUCCUCGCGCGGGCCUACGGUACUUUGACGCAGUCGUCGCACCCUUCCACGACUUCCCGUACGCGGCAAUUUGUCCACCUCCGCCAAACGUCCACCUCACUCCCGGCACCAUGUGUGACAUCUCCGCUGCCUCGUUGACAUCAGCAAGACAAGCUUGGCACGACCGCGCCACGUCGUGGGCCCAUCCCGCUUCAUCCCCAAAGAUCGCCGUGCUUGUUGGCGGGUCUUGCAGAGGGUACACACUUACCUUGGACCGCGCGGCCGCUUUCGUGUCGCAGCUCGAGCACCACGCGCAUACGGCCUCUUUCCUCGUAACGUUUUCUCGACGCACUCCCCACGAUGUGGCGCGCUUUCUCUACGAAGCUUUCUCGUCGUUCCCAUCUGUGUACAUAUGGGACGGCAUCGACCCGAAUCCGUUCCUGGGCUUUCUCGCGCACGCAACGGCCAUCGUGACCACGCCCGAUUCGAUCUCGAUGGUCACCGAAGCGAUCGCGUCAGGGGUGCCGACGUUUGUGUUCGACAGAGACAUCACGACGGGCAAGUUUCAAAGGUUUCACCGACACGUGGCGCCUUGGGUCGCCGAAGUCGAUUCGCUCGAUGUCGCUGCUUUGACCAACCUACGCAGCCAAAACCAUCCCAAUGAGUCGACCACCGAACUCGGACAGCGCAUGGACAAUGGCGUCGUCCGCGCCAUCGGGACAGCAUUGCUAAAACACUGGCAGACCCACGAUGACAAAGAGCCGUAG